AUGACUUCGAUGCGUCACCUCCAUCUUGAUCCGUUGAAAAGACAACCCUUGCUCAAAGAUCAAACGACCCCUAAUGAAGAAGACACCACGAAAUUACCGGUGAAAAAGGUUCACACCGACCCUCAAGGGUCUAAUAAUAACGAAGAUGCAAGUGUAUACUUUAUCGGUACAGCAACAACGAUAAUCGAGUGGCAAGGACUUCGAAUCCUUACUGACCCCAACUUCUUACAUGCUGGCGACCACGUGCAUUUGGGUCCAGGGGUGACCGCUCAGCGGAAGACAAACCCGGCGGUAGAUUUACAUGAGCUACCAGCAAUCGACUGUAUCCUACUGUCUCAUUACCAUGAGGAUCACUUUGACCAGCUCGUUGAAAAAUCGCUGAGCAGGACAUUCAAUAUUAUAACGACUCCACAUGCUAAGGAAUGCCUCUCAGGCGAGACCAAGGGAGAUCCGUUCCAGUCUGUGCACGAUCUAGGUUUCUUCGAGAGCAUGAUACUCCACAUUGACCGCAAAGACCCGUCUCACGCGGGUGGGUACGGCAAGGUACCAGUGAUUAAGGUAACGGGGAUGCCCGGGAAACACGUGCCUCCGGGACCGCUUGCUAUGGUCAAUGACCUCAUCAAAGCCGUGCCGCCAACGAACGGAUGGCUUAUCGAGCUUGGUUAUAGCUUUACGGCCCCUACCGGAGGCGACUCGGGCUCUAUCGACACGGGUUACCGCAUCUAUAUCUCGGGAGACACGUUAUUUGUAGAUGAACUAAAGGAAAUUCCGAAGCGGCUUAAGAACGAGAAGAUUGACCUCAUGUUGGUGCAUUUAGGCGGUACGACAAUUCCGAGCCCGUCAAUACCCCUUUUAAUGGUGACGAUGGAUGCCGAGCAAGGAUUGAAGUUGAUGCAGCUCAUGAACCCGGACGUGACCAUCCCAAUUCAUUACGAUGACUAUAAUGUCUUCUUGUCGCCUCUAUCGGAUUUUAAGAAGAAAGUUGACGAGGAAGGGUGGAAUAAGCGAGUUGUUUAUCUUGAUCGCGGGGAGCAGUACGAAUUCAAAGUCCCGGGAAACUGA